AGCCCGGAAGAGGCGUCCUUCCCAGGCUGUGGUGUUGAUGUUUUCAAUCUGCCGCUUCUUCUGCGGCGAAGGGAAGCGUCGGCGGGAGGAUGGUGUGCGAAAAGUGUGAAAAGAAACUUGGUACUGUUAUCACUCCAGAUACAUGGAAAGAUGGUGCUAGGAAUACCACAGAAAGUGGUGGAAGAAAGCUGAAUGAAAAUAAAGCUUUGACUUCAAAAAAAGCAAGAUUUGAUCCAUAUGGAAAGAAUAAGUUCUCCACUUGCAGAAUUUGUAAAAGUUCUGUGCACCAGCCGGGUUCUCAUUACUGCCAAGGCUGUGCCUACAAAAAGGGCAUUUGUGCGAUGUGUGGAAAAAAGGUUUUGGAUACCAAAAACUACAAGCAAACAUCUGUCUAAAUGCAUUGAUAAGUUUCUGGCAUUCUAUAUGAUUUUACUUUCUGCUUUGGAUUUUCAAGACAUAAAAUAGAUGUUCAACUUAAAACAAAUAAUUAAGUUUAAACUAGCAAAGUUGACUGAUAUUCAUUUUUUUGCUCACAAGAAGUUCUGAACAGUAACAAUGUAACUAGUCUUCUGCCAUAAGUGGUUAUUUUCCUUACAAGCAUUUUAUUGAACUAGAAUAAGUGACAAACUUAAUGAAAAAAAGAUUUCCCAGUUCUGUAUGCACUUUUUAUUUAACGUUAUUUGUAUAAUUCUUUUCCCCUCCUCUACUUUAUUUAUACAUAUUGCAGAAGUGAGAAGGAGAUUAUUAAUAUUUUGCUCUGAACUUAGUCCAUACAUAACUCUCCCCUCAUUCCUUCGCUGGUGGCAUAGUUCUUGGAAUGAGCAGUACCUUAAUUAAUUGCAGUUUCGUACGAUAUUUAAGUGUUUGAGGCCAUUAUUGCUGAGUGAUCUCUUAGUAAAUAGCCUGGACCCAAAUCAAAGACAAGUUGGAUUUGUGAUUUUUUUUUUUUUAUUUGUUCUUGAAGCCCAAGUGCCAGUUCCUUUCAUAUGAGACCAAAUACUCAAGAAAUACCCCAUAUGUGCAAAUGAAUAUACUGGAUUCCAGAAGAACACAUAUUAUAUUACCUUGAAUUCAAAUUGUCGUUAAAGCCAGGAGAAUGUUGUUCAUCUAUGCUGACAUGUAAUAAAAAUGAAUCUCCACUCUUUGGGAAAAGCUCUUUGAAGCAAAAACAAA